AUGCCUUCUUCUAAGUACUCAUUCCCUUCCAUUGCUAGCACUUUUCUGGUACUUGUGUUUCUCACUGGCCUCCCAUCCACCACCCACUCACAAAUUCCUGGCACCUCGCCUACGGACCCCACCAUCACCCAAUGUGGGCCACGGUUGCUGCCAUUGACCUCAUGUGCAGCAUUUGUGCAGGGCACAGCCCCCUCACCAGCACAGCAGUGUUGUGACAACAUCAAACAAGUCUACAGCCAGCAGCCCAGUUGCCUCUGCCUCUUGCUGAACAACACAACCUUGGCUUCUUUACCCAUUAACACCACACUUGCUCUCCAGCUGCCCACUCUCUGUAAUCUCCAAAUUGGCAUCUCUACAUGUUCAGGUAUUGAAGGGGUGCCAUUGUCUCCAAGUUCACCUUCUUCUCAAGUUUCCUUUGGGACAAAGAACAAUUCUACUGUUGCAGCUUCUCCCAUGGUGACAGUGGCACCAAGACCUACCAUUAUGGGAUUUGGAUUUGGGCACAGUGCUGCUGGCAUAAGGUUGAAGAUGGAAGAUUACUUGGUUGUGUUGGUGGCUGCAAUAGCAUUCAUGUUCAGUGAAUGA